AUGGCAUCGUCAGAGAACUAUCCCUCCUCCUCUCCCUUCACAGAAGACACCGCCAAACGCCACGCCUCCGUAACCUUCAGCGACUCAUCCACCAUCAUCAACGACGAAGACGCCAUCACGCCCCCCGCCGGCGUCUUCCCAGACGACAAACCCGGCAAUAGAAUCAUCCUCCCGGACCCCUUCCUCGACGAUGAUGAAGACGGCGUCGACGUCGACGAUCCCAUCAGCCCCUUUAACCCAACAAAGAAACCCCAUCGCUCCCAAUCCCGCAUCUCCGACUUCCGCGAUCAUGGCGUCAAAGCACCAAGCAUGCGGACUGCCUCGAAGAAGAGAUCCUCGUCGGGGAGUUUGAAGCCGCUGAAAUUCAGCUCGGCGGAUGGGAGGGCUUAUGGUACUGUUAGUGGCUCCAGGGGGAGGAGGAGGUCGAUGCAUUCAUUGAGUGGGAGGUCCAUGUCCGCGUCGAGGGGGACGAUGUGUUCGGUUUGUAGACUGCAGCGGAAGAGUCUCGAGCCGGCGGCACCGGCGUCGAGGGCGGGAUUCGUUGGGUUUGUGGUGGGGAUGAAUGUUGUCUUCUUGGCGGCGACGGUAUUUUGUGUGGUUUGGCCGGCGAUGAGGAGGGAGUGGAGUAGGGUUGGGUGUGCGGUCGUGCCUGCAACGCUGUGGCUGGCGUUCAUUGUUGUUACAGCUAGCUCGUGGCGUUUACCGAGUGACUGCGAAUGUCCUCCGUUACGGGAAGCAUCAAGGAGUACAGGUGGGAGGAAGAGGCGACAAAGCUCUGGACCAUUGUUUCCGAAACCUGGAUUGUGGCUCGACCGGUCCCAGCAGAAGCCGGGGUGCGAGUCUGAUUCGGAGGCAACAGAGGUCUAG